AUGACAUUUCGAAACCCAAAUCCUAGAAUUGGUAUAUAUUACCAUAAAAUCGAUAUUAAUGCUAUAUAUCAUGGUAAACAGUUUGGGUCAAACAAGAUAGAUGGUAAUGGGUUUUAUUUGGGCCAUAAAAGUGAGAAUAAUAAUAUGAGUGUUGUAUUUAAAGGCGAAGAGUUUGUUGCUCUUGGUAGUUUUGAGAAAUCUAGAUAUGAUUUGGAGAAAAUCGACGGGGUUUAUGAGAUCGAGUUGAUUUUGAGAGUUCAUAUCGAGUAUAUGCAUUUUGUCGUUAAAUUGGGUAAAUUUGAUGAGUGUAGAGUGGAAUGUGGGUUGAAGGUUCCGUUAAGUAAGGUUUCGCCGAGGAGAUUUGAGAGGACUAAGUGUCGUGUAAGGUAG